AUGCGUAAAAAAUUAGACCAGGCAAGUUCAAGUUCCCAGAGUGCAAUAGUAGAAAGUGACACGGUGGUGAUUGCGACAGGGCGUAAAGUUAUUAAAUUUUCUGCUGACGGGGAAUUAUUGAGCAUUAUCUGGACUGCUAACCCAAAGGCCGACGAUUAUAAUGAACUACCUACUUUUGUUGGAGACAUCCCAGCACAUCACGAGGAAUUUAUUUCCCGUGUCAUUUAUGGUGCGGCGUCAAUAUAUGGAGGUGAAAUAAAGGUUUAUCCCCAGUAUGAAAUCUCCGGAAGUCAGGGCAAAGGCCCUAAUGUACGGGAUUGUAUCAACUGCUGUAGAUUGGGCUAUAUUGGCCUUGGUGGAGCCUAUCAAGGACUUGUUUGGGUAAAUCAAGUGGUUAUAAGAAUAAAUUUGAAGCAUUUAUGUAAUCAAGGCAAGGAAAUUAAUGAAAAAUCUGCCCUCCCGGAAAAUGCCAGUGAGUCUGGGAAGGCCGAGCUUUUAAAGCAGGUUGCGGAAGAGAGAACCAAGCAUGAAGUUGAGAAUGCCGAGCUCAAAAGUAGAAUCGAGGAGUUAGAGAAAGGUAGGACAGAUACUGUUGCUGAGAAUGGCGGAAGUGGGGAUGACAAUGAGGAGAACAAACAGGAAAUCUAA